AUGGAAACAGCGACACCCGUGAAGCCUCGAACAAAACCAGCGAAAUAUGUUGAUACCAGUAUGCAUUUGGAUAUACAUGGGGUUCCUAUGUGCCCUCGAUCGUUUAACACCGACACAAUUAACAUGGGUUUAGCUUAUAUCGCACGUCCCGAUGAUGUAUUCAUCGUAACGAUGCCAAGAUCAGGUACGACUUGGAUGGAAACAAUCGUAUAUUCCAUACUUCAAAAUGGUCGCGCCUUCAAUGAAGACUUCAAAGACUUUACAGCGCGCACACCAUUUCUCGAACAACAUGGUGGCCAAGGCAUUGUGAACAUGCGCCGACCUGGCUCUAUUAAAACGCAUUUACCUUUGAGUAUCAUUCCACAGCAUUCACAAGCUAAAUACAUCUAUGUCGUACGUAAUCCUAAAGAUAUGUGUACCUCUUUCUAUAAAUUCAUUAAAACAAUGCCGGGUGUAACGCAUAGUGACGUGCCGUUUGACACCUAUUUUGACCUGUUCAUUGCUGGAAGAGCAAACUACGGAGAUUAUUUCGAUCAUGUGCUAGACGCGUGGUCACACAAGGACGAACCUAAUGUGCUUUUUAUUGUGUACGAAGACAUGAAGAAAGAUAUUCGAUCGGUAAUCCGUCGUCUGGCUAAGUUUCUCAACGUUGACCUUACUGAUGAAAUACUUGAGCGCAUUGUUCAAGUCACAAGCUUCGACUACAUGAAGAAAGCCGAAUACAACAAACAUCUGAGCGAAGAAUCUGCUGGGCAUCUUUUUGAAACUCGUACAGUUGUACGCAAAGGCGAGGUAGGCGACUGGCGUACACUCAUGUCUGAAGAGCAAAGCCGUCGUAUGGAUGCUCGAUUCAAACAAACCAUGGAACAUAUUCCAGAACUCUUUACACUCUGGGAUGAAUAUAAUGUGUUCAAAAACAAAUAA